AUGCAAAUUGCAAAUAUUAAUGGUUACAUAUAAUUUAGCUUGUGGGGAGAGUAUUAUAUAAGGAGAGCACUUUGAGUGGAAAAAGAGCAAGCCAAUUGAGUUGAUAAGCAUUUAGCAAUGGCAAUGGGUGUGUCUCAAAAAUGGGUUUGUGUGAUUCUUCUUCUCUUGAGCAUUGUCUUCCACUUGAGUGCCCUUACUCUUGGAGAUGACAAGGUUGAGAAAGAGAGGUUUGGCGAAGGUGGGAGCUUCGGUGGUCGUGGUGGCCGUUUUGGAGGUGGUAGGGGUGCUGGUGGAGGUUUUGGUAGUGGUGGAGGUGCUGGAGGAGGCAUUGGGGGAGGAGCUGGAGGUGGUGUAGGAGGAGGAGGAGGGUUUGGAGGUGGUGGCGGCGGCGGUGUUGGUGGUGGGUCUGGACAUGGUAGUGGGUUUGGAGCUGGAGGAGGUUUAGGUGGAGGUGCAGGAGGAGGUGUGGGUGGAGGUGGUG